GGAGAAUGCUUCUGCGAUAUUCUUGGAGAAUUAUAAACAUCAUCACAAUCAGAAUCCUGACUAGGAGAAAGAGAUUAAAAAGGUGGUGCACAUACCUUUUGGCCUCCCUCUCUUCUCUAUAAAUGGGUAGAGGGGGCCAGCCUCUUGAGCAGUAGAAUUGACUUGUUUUUCAUCCUCCAUCUCUUUCAUUCUCUUUUGGCUUCUGUAACCACGUGAGAGUUUGGAGAAACUCUUUCAAGGCUUCUUUAGUGAGUGAAGUGGAUGCGAGGCGGGACUUGGUAUAGGUGCAAAGGCUGGCGAUCGUGUCUCACCAUCAGUCAGGAGGCAACCAUGAGUUCCAUCCCAUUGACUUGCAGAAUUCAAUUGCUCAGCUAAGUGGGCUAUCCACGCAAUCGUCAAUGCAAACACAGAAUUAAGCUGUCCAUCUCGAGUCGAUGGGCUCAAGCAUAACCAACUUUUUUGAUUUCGUGGGAGCGAUUGAGGACGGAAGUACCUCGCCCACUAUGGCAUGUUGAACGGCCUGCAAUCUCGGGAUUGCAGGAUCUCACAGCUGUUCAAUCAGCUAUCUGAUGAUAUUUUUUAUAAAUCACCAAAGUCUCGAUGAUCAAAGUUGUCUCUCUUGGUAUCUAUAUAAGCUAGAGGUAGCCUACUCCAGAUACAUAUUGACUGAUAUAGCAUGCAGCGGGGUUCGUUUUCUCAUAAAAAUUAUGGUUAUAGUCAUCAUGACCAAAAGGGCCCUUCUCAAGCUAUUGAUGUUCAUGAUAUCUUUGUGAAGAAGAGCAAAACACGAGUUAUCUUAUCGUAUGUGGGCAUCUUCGUGUUUCUUGCUAAUGCCUGUUACUCAUUACUGGUGAAGGAAGAAUUAUCUACCAGCUCUUUUUGGAGUAUUUUUGUUGGUGUUCUCUUUGCCAAAUGUUUGCAGUACAAACCCGUUAAAAAAGAAUCUGUGGUGAUUAUGCCAACAUUUGGUGUGCAGCUUGAAACUCAUUUUUGGAGUGGGAGAGUCAUCCACCGCUUUGUCCCCAUAGGGAAGAUUCUAAGACCAGUAUUAAAUGAAUGCGUGACCCCUGUAACUUGUUACUGGAGUUUGGCUUUGAUGCUACGUGGCGAAGAGAAUCUGUUGCUAAUUUUCCAGGAAUUGCAACCACCUGUGAAAAUGUUGGUUCCAGUGUGGAAGGCCUUGUGUGCUGCAACCAAUGGCAAAGAAAUAAGCAGUUCUUGAAGCUGGCAUCCUAUAUGUAUGACACGCUAUGAACUGGACAAGAGAAAAAAAAAAAAUUAGCAGAGAAAUGCUUACGUAUAUGGAUAUACUGUGAGAUUGGUGCAGAAAGGGCUCAUAUAUCUGAUUUUCAGGCAGUGCUAUAUCCUGUGCAAUGCAAUCAUAAGCAAACAUAUUUCAGAACUUUGCUGCAUAUGCGAAGAACCUGCAUUGCCUGCAUUAAAUCUCAAAACGAUCAUAUGGUGUAAAGCUGCUUGCCAUCAUACUGAGCCUCAAGAAGGUAUGCUUCAGAAACAUCCCCAUUGUCUGUGGGCACGAAAAAGGGAAUGACACAAAGGGAGUGGCAAAGAAAGUCUAUUGUCACUACCAAAAAAUGGAAGCUUUUAGAGUCAUGAUAUCUUUUAAUGAUUAUUGGUGUUGGUAUGAUGCUAUGGAGGCUGUCUUUUUGGUCACUUUUAGCAGUUCAAAUACUGGGUCUGAUGGUUUUAUGUAUCCUUCUCUUCUCUUGUUCUAUAUUUAAUAAACCUUCAAUUUCAAGUAGAGAAAAGUUGUUUUUUUUUUUUUUCACAUCCUCUGAUGACUCGUUGAUCUCAGCAAAAUGCAAACACAAUUUUGGGUAUGUUAGCUUACAUUUUGCUA